CUGCUUUUCUAUUCCCGGUCCUGCCUGAUGGAACCACAACGCGCAGGCUGGUAAUUUGCGAUGGGCGGGAAAGUAAAGUACUUAAAAACGCAUCGCCCUCCCUUCGGAUCCACGGCCAUCGUCUUGUCUUGUCUUCCCAGCCGUUCGUUCCUUCAUCGUCGUCGUCGUGCAAUCAAUCAAUCCGGGUUUCUUCUGCCUCUAAUUAUACACCUUCGUUCGAUACUCCGACCAAAACGCAAAAUGCUCGCCCGCUCGCUCCUCGUCCUCCUCGGCGCCUCGACCGCCCUGGUCGCCGCAACGGUUCCCACCUGUGUCACCAGCUGCAAGGAAACUUACAACGACUCCUCCAAGGCCGAACUGGAGGCCGAGGCUUGCAUUGAGAAAUACGCCUCCGUCGCCGACUACGGCGAGCAGCUCGAGCAGACCGCAGCCUGCAUCAAGGUCUCGUCCGUAUUCGUCGCCAUCGACGACUGCAUCCUGAGCACCUGUUCGACAGAUGAUCUCGCGCUCUACGCCUCCGAGGCCGUCGAGGCGAUCAAGACUUACGACUCGACGCUGAUCGACAUCAUCUCGACCGCUGUGCCGCUGCCAUCUGCCGCGCCCGCGGCCGGCGCCAAGGUCAAGCGCCACAAUGGCGAGGACCACUCCGAGAGCGCCAGUGCGAGCGCGAGUGCAUCGUACGUGUCCGCGUCCGCCACUGCCGUCGAGGAGGACGCGGUCGCGAGCGCGAGUGCCAGUGCAGUCGAGCUCUCCGAGAACGCCGGUGGGCGUGUACGCGCGGGCGUGGCGGCGGUGGGCAUCAACGUUGGCGGCCAUGGCGGCUAUGGCGGGAUCGUCUUCUUCCACUUCUUCCUCGAUCAUCAUCUACAGAAGACCUAGACAAUCAACCACCAUCUCCUCCGAGCUCUUUCUCCUUGAAACUUGUGUGUUCUCCUUCCCUCGAGUCCUCGACCCGCCGAUUUCCUGCCUGGGGGCUGGAGAGGCGUUGACAAAGAGCCCUCGCAAAACCGACCUGCCGCAAAGCCUCGUCUUGACUCUUGACUCUUGACGGUUCCGACAAUCACGUACCUACCUACCUACCUACAUGUAUGUGUGUAAGUGCUUACGCAUGAACUCCAGGGCACGAGCACGGUACGGUACCUAUCACACGGUAUCAUAUGGCG